AUUCAUCUGGAAACUGUUUACUGUUUGAGUGUCAGGAGCACAGCAUGCAGAGGGUGGAGAACGACGCUCCCUGUCCUGAACUGACCUGCCCCGAGUCUGAACACAUCAACCUUACAGACCGCUGCUGCAAAGUCUGCCGAGGUCAUCAUUUCUGUGUGGAGGGCCACAGUCCCAGCUGUGUAGAGAACUCGGAAUGUGUGAACCUGGAGGCUGGGUCCUGCUGCAGCUGUAAAGAUGGCUACCGCGCCCUGAGGGAUGACAGCGCGUACUGUGGAGAUAUUGAUGAGUGUGCUGAGGGAAAGCACUACUGCAGAGAGAACACCAUGUGUGUCAAUACUCCAGGAUCCUUCAUGUGCAUCUGCACAUCUGGAUACAUCCGGAUCGAUGACUAUUCCUGCACAGAACGUGAUGAGUGUACGACAGGUCUUCACAGCUGCGAUGAGAAUGCCAUCUGUUUCAACACGGUGGGGGGCCACAGCUGCUCCUGUAAACCAGGCUAUGUAGGCAACGGGACAGUCUGCAGAGCUUUGUGUGAUGGUUUGUGCCAGAACGGAGGAUCCUGUGUAAACCCGGACACCUGUAUCUGUCAACAGGGGUUCACUGGGAAGAGAUGUGAGACAGACAUUGAUGAGUGUACCGAUGGCUUCGUGGAGUGUGACAGCAGAGCCAUCUGUGUUAACCUGCCUGGCUGGUACCACUGUGAGUGUCGGGACGGCUACCAUGACAACGGGAUGUUCUCAGCCAAUGGGGAGUCCUGUGAAGAUAUAGAUGAGUGUGCGACAGGAAGACACAGCUGUGCUAACGAUACGGUGUGUUUCAACGUGGACGGAGGCUACGACUGCAGGUGCCCUCACGGCAAGAACUGCACCGGGGACUGUAACCAUGACAACAAGCACAAACACAACGGGCAGAUCUGGGUGCUGGACAACGACAGGUGCUCCGUCUGCUCCUGCCAGUCUGGUCUGGUGAUGUGUCGUAGGAUGGUGUGUGACUGUGAGUCCACCACAGCCGACCUGUUCUGCUGUCCAGAGUGUAACCCCGGCCUCAGCAGGCAGUGUCUGCACCAGAACAGACUCAUUACAUACAGCAGUGGAGACACCUGGGUGGAGAACUGCCAGCAGUGCCAGUGUAUGAGUGGAGAGGUGGACUGCUGGCCCAUGUCCUGCCCUCCAGUGGUGGACUGUGAGUUUCCCCUGGUGCCCGAGGGGCAGUGCUGCCCGCGCUGCAUCACCGACCCCUGCCAGGCUGACACCGUCCGUAACGACAUCACCAAGACGUGUGUAGACGAGAACGGACUGACGCGCUUCAGCGGAGCCGCCUGGACCAAACACAGAACAGAAUGCACCCUCUGCCAGUGCAAGAACGGACAUGUCUGUUGUUCAGUGGAUCCCCUGUGCCUUUAGUCUGGCUCCGACAGAAAGAUAGUGAGAGCGAGCUCUACAAGGCAUCUAUCUUUGUACAGUCUCACCUUUAAUAAGAACUGAAACCCCUCCCCCAAACCUUCAACAUCUUUAUACCAAAUACCACCUGAACCCACCGUUCCAAGUGGAUGGAUGGCCUGCCAGCCCAACUCCAACCCUUGGUACCCAUCGACAGACUAUUGGAUGGUAUUGGAUGUUGUGAAGUCUUCUGAUUGUGUAAAGAAACCUAAAGAAGUAUCUGUAUUCAGUGUCCACCUCUUUCUGCCCGUCUUUCAUUUUGUAAAGGAAAAGGACCUUGGUAUUUGUGAAAAGUAAUGUUCUGGACUUUCUCCACUCCUUUUCUGUGUACAUUCAGUUGUGUUGUUUGGUUCUGUAUUAUGGACUGUUUGUUCAGGGUUUAAUUGAAUUUAUUUGAUGGCUUGGUAUCGUGUAUUGAUGAAAUAAAGAUGUCCAUUAAAAAGGGGGACUGGUUUUCCCUCUCUGUAUGCGA